GAGAAGCACAGGAACAUGGUACUCGGGAAUCUCCUGAGCGGGCAUCUCCUGAGAGCCCUACCGAUAGCGCUGCCGUCCGGCCACGCUGCUUCGAGCGCCGCUCCACUUCACCGCCGACGAGUCCCUCUCGUUGGUGCUUUCUGGGUGCUAAGCCUCGGCGCUCUCUCCGCGCUCUCGUACAGAGCGGGGUGUAUCCAUUCCCAGCGCCGUGCCCCUCUUCUUAGACCAAAAUUUGCUAAUCAACCAUCCGUAGGAGCUCUUCAUUCUACAGGAAUGGCUGCUGCUAGCACCGUGCCUUCCAUUGUUGUCUAUGUUACCGUUCCAAACCAUGAAGUAGGGAAAAAACUUGCUGAGAGUAUUGUAAAUGAAAAGCUUGCCGCCUGUGUCAACAUUGUGCCUGGAAUUCAAUCUAUUUAUUGGUGGGAUGGCAAGGUACAAACAGAUUCUGAAGAACUGCUCAUCAUUAAGACCAGAGAAUCUCUUCUAAAUUCUUUGACCGAGCACGUCAAAGCUAACCAUGAAUACGAUGUUCCUGAAGUAAUUGCGUUGCCAAUCAAUGGCGGUAAUGUGAAGUACCUUGAAUGGAUCAAGAACACUACUAGAGACAACUGAAUGUUAUCUGGGUUGAUAUAUAUAAAUAUUACCCAUCUUUGGCUAUAAAGGUUUGGUUUGUACGAAUAAAAAAUGUCUGCCUUUUUUAAAGUAUGAAACUACUUGUGUUUAGCCUUUGUGUAAAACGAAAACUCGCAACUUCUUAAGAUUAAUACAUAUUGUUGGCGGUUUUAUCUCCUGAA